GUGGAGGGGCGCGCGCCCGCGUGGCGGCCACAGUGGCUGGCUGGCGCCCGGCCCCCAGUCAGUAGCGCGCGCGGCUGCGGACGAGCGGGUGCACAUCGUUCAGACAGCGAGCGGGUCGCCGCGAGGUACAGCAGGACUAGAGGCGCAGCACCAUGGAGGUAAACGUGAUCACGACGAGCGGCGGGAUUUCUGCGGCGGAGAGCUCGCGCUUGGUGGAGGAGGCGGCCAGCAAGAUGAACGGCCACAGCCGCAGCCACACGGUGGUGUCGGAGCAGCGCACCUGCUCCAGCAGCUCCAGCAUCAUCACGGCCUCCACCACCGUCCUGCGCUCGCAGCUCAGCCGGGGGAAGCUAAAUGGCAUAAGGGAACCAAAAACUGUGCAGAUUUCCGAAGAGAAACCAGUCGCUCAACCACCAGAUGCAAGAGACCAAGAUGAUCAAGAAUUCCACAAUGGACCAAAUCAGGUUCUUCCAGCAGAUUCAUAUACAACAACAAGGCCAGACUGUAGGGUAAAGCUGAGAUCCAAAGCAACUGGAAUAGCUGCAAGAGAACCUAUAUCAGUACCCGGUUUACUGCACAGGGCUGUGGAACUGUUUCCAGAACUCACAGCAAUGGCCACAAGAAAUGAUGAUGGAACAUGGAAUACUAUUACAUAUGAAGACUACGAAUUUUAUGUACGGUCUUGUGCCAAAGCAUUCAUCAAACUUGGUCUAGAAAGGCAUCAUUCUGUUUGUAUUCUUGGAUUCAAUUCACCAGAAUGGUUCAUUGCUGAUUUGGCUGCAAUAUAUGCUGGGGGAAUUGCUGCUGGAAUUUACACAACCAACUCACCAGAAGCUUGCCUGCACUGUGCCAUCAACAGCCGGGCAAAUAUAUUUGUAGUACAGGACAAGAAACAACUUGACAAAGUGCUGCAGAUACGGUCCCAAAUACCACAUCUGAAAGCAAUUGUGCAGUAUGAAGGAAAGCCAGAGGAGGAGGGAGUGCUGAGUUGGGAUGAUGUUAUUACACUAGGCAAUGCAGAAGAUGAUGUUGAGUUAGACAAAAUUUUAUCGACUUUGGCUGUUAAUGAAUGCUGUACCUUGAUAUACACGUCAGGAACUGUGGGAAAUCCAAAAGGAGUGAUGCUCAGUCAUGACAAUUUGACAUGGACAGCACAUUGCACAGGUUCCAGACUGGAUCUGGCUAAUGGUGAAGACUCUUUGGUCAGCUAUCUACCUCUCAGCCACAUUGCAGCACAGAUUGUGGAUAUUUAUGUCAGCAUGUCAUAUGCAGUUGCAGUUUAUUUUGCAGAUAAGGAUGCUCUCAAGGGGAGUCUGAUACAAACUCUGAAAGAAGUUCGGCCCACGCAAUUUGUGGGCGUGCCUCGAGUCUGGGAAAAAAUUAGUGAGCAGAUGACAAAAGUUGGAGCAGAGACAACUGGAAUAAGGAAAACAAUAGCAUCAUGGGCCAAGAGCCAAGGAAUACAGCACAAUCUUGACUUAAUGAAUGGGGUUCACUAUAACUCAAUCUGGUAUAUGAUGGCCAGCAUGCUUGUGUUUAAGAAAGUGAAACGUCUUCUGGGAUUUGACAGAUGCCAGAAUUUCUUUUCAGCAGCUGCACCACUUUCCAAUGAUGUUAAGAAAUAUUUGAUGAGCCUUGACAUACCUGUGAUGGAGGUUUUUGGCAUGUCAGAGUGCUCAGGCCCUCAUACUUUGGCUAUGAGUAGGAAUUUCCGCCUAGAAAGUGUUGGAAAAGCACUACCUGGUCUGGAAACCAAAUUGCAUAAUGAAGAUGAGGACGGAGAGGGGGAGAUAUGCUUGUGGGGACGACAUGUGUGUAUGGGGUACCUAUCUGAUCCAGAAAAGACCAGUGAAGCUAUUGAUGAAGAAGGUUGGCUACAUUCUGGUGAUUUGGGAACCAUUGAUGAAAGUGGAUUUGUUUAUAUUACAGGACGUCUCAAGGAACUUAUCAUCACUGCAGGUGGAGAAAACGUGCCUCCAGUGCUGCUUGAACAGACACUCAAAACAGAACUUCCAUGCAUUAGUCAUGCUGUUAUCAUUGGAGAGAGGAGAAAAUUUCUGAGUGUAUUAAUUACUAUGAAGACUGAAAUUGAAAAAGAGACUGGAGAACCACUAGAUGAGCUGGAUGCAAUUGCCAGGCGCUGGUGUAAGACACAUGGAAGCACUGCCAAGACUGUGUCUGAAAUUUUGAAGGGUCCUGAUCAGAAGGUAAUGGAAGGAAUUCAAAAAGGUAUCGACAGGGCAAAUGAAAAAGCAAUCUCCAAUGCACAAAGGAUACAGAAAUUUGCCAUUCUGGAGAAAGACUUCUCGCUACAAGGAGGUGAACUAGGACCAACCAUGAAAGUGAAACGAAAUGUAGUUGCAGAAAAGUAUGCUGACGUCAUUGAGCGAUUCUACAAGGGAACGUAAAGCGUUGUAUGCUACAUGGAGAAGAGAAAGUAGUCAAGACUGUUUAAGGACGCGUCUUCAUGAAAGAUGACAGACUGCUGCCGUGUUACUGGUGGUGCUUUUGCAAGCCAGAGGUACUUUUGUAUGAUAUACAUUAACUAUUUUUGAAAAGAUCCUCUCUUCAAGAAAUCCGAUAUAUUUCGGUGUUAUUUUUCGAAGCUGAUGUAUUUCUUUUCUCAGUUACUUGUUAGUACUCUUCAUCGCUGUGCCUUUAUUAUGUUGUACUUAUUCGUACCUGUUCUGUAACGAAGCCUGUAAAUACGUCACAAUUUAAGCUUAUGUACAUAAGUGUUACAUGUGUAAAUUAUUUCCUUAGCUUAACACUGGAGGAAUUUUUGUAUUCAUUGUAAGAAACAAAAUAUAAAU